CACCGUGUUCCCACCGUCAGAUAUCGUUUUCCCAAUCGCCUACGCUCGGCUGGACCAGUCUUCCUCAUCUUUCAGUGUGUGUGUAAAUACCAACACGCUUUCGCCGGAUAUUGUGUCGGUUACUCAAUUUCGGGACGGAUGGCGAUAUCCGGGAGCAUUCGGAGCUCUCGCACUUCAAACUCCGAACGAAACUUUGGAUUUAAUGGUCCAUCGACACGACCGCCGGUUGCGGUUGCCGGUGUUACAUUCAAGUUCCUAGCAUCAGCUAUCACCGUCGCCGUCGUCCUCUUCUUCACUGUUUCCUUCACCUUUACCUCAUCCUCCGACGUCAUUUCUUCUGAUUCCAACAUUAAUCAGGGACUUUCCUUUAAUAAGAACGUAGCUGGAUCGUCUCGGAGGUCUGUACUUGCAUUGAAAUCCGAUCCACUAAAACCUAGAUUUGAUCAGAUCCGAAAGCAAGCAGAUGAUCACAGAUCGCUAGCUCUGGCUUACGCUACCUACGCUCGUAAACUGAAGCUCGAAAAUUCGAAACUCGUUAGGGUUUUUGCCGAUCUUUCACGCAACUACACAGAUCUGUUAUCGAAACCUGCUUACAAAGCAUUGUCCGACUCCGAUGCAAACUCAAUCGACGAGCCGACACUUCGGCUGUUUGAGAAGGAGGUGAAGGAGCGGAUUAAGGUGACCAGACAAGUGAUUACCGAUGCGAAAGAGUCAUUCGAUAAUCAGCUUAAGAUUCAGAAGCUGAAAGAUUCGAUAUUCUCUGUUAAUGAGCAAUUAACCAAGGCGAAGAAGCAAGGUGCUUUCUCCAGCUUGAUCGCCGCAAAAUCAAUACCUAAAAGUUUGCACUGCCUCACAAUGAGGUUGAUGGAAGAGAGAAUCGCGCAUCCAGAUAAGUAUUCUGAUGAAGGCAAACCACGACCGGCUGAAUUUGAUGAUCCCAAGCUUUAUCACUAUGCUAUAUUUUCUGAUAACGUGAUAGCUGCUUCAGUUGUAGUCAAUUCAGCUGUGAAGAACACAAAAGAGCCAUGGAAGCACGUUUUUCAUGUUGUGACAGAUAAGAUGAAUCUAGGUGCAAUGCAAGUUAUGUUCAAGAUGAAAGAAUAUAACGGUGCUCAUAUUGAAAUAAAGGCAGUGGAGGAUUACAAGUUCUUGAACUCUUCAUAUGUCCCAGUGCUAAAACAGCUAGAAUCUGCAAAUUUGCAAAGGUUUUACUUUGAGAAUAAGCUUGAAAACGCAACAAAGGAUACAACCAACAUGAAGUUUAGGAACCCAAAGUAUCUCUCCAUCUUAAAUCAUCUGAGAUUCUACUUACCAGAGAUGUACCCAACACUGCACAGGGUUCUGUUCUUGGAUGAUGAUAUUAUUGUUCAGAAGGAUUUAACUGGACUUUGGAAGAUAGACAUGGAUGGAAAAGUGAAUGGAGCUGUUGAGACUUGUUUUGGGUCUUUCCAUAGGUAUUCACAAUACAUGAACUUUUCCCACCCUUUAAUCAAGGAGAAGUUUAAUCCCAAGGCCUGUGCCUGGGCUUAUGGUAUGAACUUCUUUGAUUUGGAUGCUUGGAGGAGGGAGAAGUGCACUGAGGAGUACCAUUACUGGCAAAAUCUGAAUGAAAAACCGAACUUUAUGGAAAUUGGGGACACUGCCACCUGGCCUGCAAUUUUGGUCAUUAAACUUAUGAUGCAGUCAUGGCUGAAGCCCUUUAAAGAUAGCAUGCAAAUUGAAAUCUUUGUCAGAUGCUGUGGAGUUCAUAUGUUUCCAAGUACAUCUGAUCCCAAGGGUAAGGGCAAGACUUGAUGACGCGGCAUGCACUCUCUCUCAGGCGUUUUUAUGGGACACUCUGAUGAUUUGAAAUAACAUUGUUAUUGAUAUGAAUUUGAAAAUAAUUGUAUUUGAGAUUUUAUGGUUUAUGGAAAG